GCGCGCAGCUCGCAUGCCUCUGCCGCCAGAGCCGGGGCCACUCCGCAGCCGCCGCUCGCAGAGAGCCGCUUGCCGCGGGAUGGGAUGCAACUUCUGGUGAUUGGAUCACAGGAAAGCUAUAGUAGCUAACAUAAUUUGCAAGGCAGAACUAUCAGCUUCCUCACAGCAGGAGGGCUUCGUGCAAAGGGAAAUCAGUGGGAAAGGCACUCCUCUGCUUUGCUUCCAUUCAGAAGAACACAGUAAAAUCCUAUUCCUAUCAGGCUUAAGUGAUAAUUGAGUAUCUUGUUAGCAGCACAGAAAUGAAUAACUCAACGUACAUAAACUCUUCCUCUGAAAAUGUAAUAGCUCUGGAGAGCCCCUAUAAAACUAUUGAGGUGGUCUUCAUCGUCUUGGUGGCAGGGUCUCUCAGCUUAGUUACCAUAAUUGGGAACAUCCUGGUCAUGGUGUCAAUCAAAGUCAACAGGCACCUGCAGACUGUCAACAACUAUUUCCUGUUCAGCUUGGCCUGUGCUGAUUUGAUCAUAGGCAUCUUUUCCAUGAACCUAUAUACCCUCUACACUGUGAUAGGCUACUGGCCCUUGGGGCCUGUGGUAUGUGACCUCUGGCUGGCGCUUGAUUAUGUGGUCAGCAACGCCUCUGUGAUGAACCUCCUUAUCAUCAGCUUUGACAGAUACUUUUGUGUCACCAAGCCUCUGACAUACCCUGUAAAGCGGACCACUAAGAUGGCAGGCAUGAUGAUUGCAGCUGCAUGGGUUCUCUCCUUCAUCCUGUGGGCCCCUGCAAUUCUCUUCUGGCAGUUCAUUGUAGGCGGAAGGACUGUUCCCGACAAGGAUUGCUACAUCCAGUUUUUUUCCAAUCCUGCUGUCACUUUUGGCACUGCCAUUGCAGCUUUCUAUUUACCUGUUAUAAUCAUGACUGUUCUUUACUGGCAAAUCUCUCGAGCCAGCAAGAGUCGGAUAAAGAAAGGGAAAAAGGAAGCUGCCCAAAACCAGGAUCCAGUUUCCCCCAGCCUUGUCCAAGGUAAAAUAGUGAAACCAAACAACAACAACAUCCCAACUAGUUCAGAUGGGCUGGAACAUAACAAAGUUCAGAAUGGAAAAACCACUGGAGAGAGUGUGAUGGAAAACUGUGUGCAAGGGGAGGAGAAGGACAGCUCCAAUGACUCCACCUCAGUGAGUGUGGUUCCUUCCAAUACAAAAGAGGAUGAAGCUGCCAAAGAUGCCAGCCAGAUUUCUGCCUCUCAAGACCAUCUCAAAGUAGAGAACUCCAAGCUGACAUGCAUCAGGAUAGUUACCAAGUCCCAGAAGGGUGACUGCUGUGCUCCCACCAACACUACAGUGGAGAUUGUAGGCACCAAUGGGGAUGAGAAGCAGAACAGUGUAGCCCGGAAAAUAGUCAAGAUGACGAAGCAGCCAGCCAAAAAGAAACCACCACCUUCUAGAGAGAAAAAAGUGACAAGGACCAUUCUAGCCAUCCUCCUAGCCUUCAUCAUCACCUGGACCCCAUACAAUGUUAUGGUGCUCAUCAACAGCUUCUGUGCAUCCUGCAUCCCUGGUACUGUAUGGACCAUAGGUUAUUGGCUCUGUUACAUCAACAGCACCAUCAACCCUGCUUGUUAUGCGCUCUGCAAUGCCACAUUCAAGAAGACCUUUAAGCACCUUCUUAUGUGCCAUUACAAGAAUAUUGGAGCAACAAGGUAAAUAAAUAAAUAAAUUAUAAUAAUAAUAAAAUAAUGGAAAACAUGAAGAAGUUCCAAACUAAAUUAUAAAACAAAGAAACAAACAAUGCCAUAGCACUUUAUGCUCUAUUAUGGAAUGUGCAAUCAAAGACAUUAGAGGAAAUGCUGAGAUGGAGCAUCAAUUCCACCCCUGAGAACUACACUAAAUAUCUUUUUUUUAUUAUUAUUUUAAUCACUGACAAUAAAUCUUGAGGACAUGCGUAAGUUCUGAGGAGUUAUUCAAGUAUUUGGACUGGAUGCACAGUUCCUUACUUUCUGAGAGUAUUCUGAAGAAGGGCUUUAGAAUCUUUGUUUGUUGUGGGUUUUUUGUCACUAUAUCUAUUUUUUUUUUCUCUGUGUGUUUAAGAUGUCUUCAUCUAGGGGAAAAAAAUAAGGGAACUCUAAAAAUAAUGAUGUGGAAGAGACAUAGGGGCUAGAAAGAACUUUAUAGAAUCCAAAUCAUAGCAGAUUUCCAAAGCUCAAGGUUGUCUAAAGCUUUUUGUUUGUGUCAUGUGAGAAACGUAAUGUUAUGUAAAACAUGAUGAAAUGUUUUAUUAUUUUAUGUCUUUUAUAACACUUUCAUUUCCAAAACUGCAUCAUUUAUGAAAGUGUAUUUUUGCUUGACAUGUAACCAUUGCCUAACAUGUAUCAGUCUAAGUUCUCCACUUAUCCCUUUCUAGGGGCUUUUUUCCCAUGAUCCCCCCAAUUAGACAAAAUAAAAGUGAAAAAAAAGAUAGCCUUUCCAGCUUGCUACAUCCCAGAUUUGUUUCAGCAUUCAUGCAAGCCAAAGCUUUUGAGAGAAUUUUGUGUACUUUGCUUGUCAUAUAAAAUCCACCCAUGAAUUUGUUUUUUACUUCCACCCACCUUUUCUUCCCUUUUGUACCUUAGCUUUCUAAGGCACACGGACUGAAUAUCAAAAGGAGUUGUAAAUUCAGAGGUCUCAUCAAAUCAGCCACCAUGGUGGCCAAAUGAAGAGCCUUAGCUGAAAAUUAGAAAUGAGCUCAUUGCCAGGAAAAUAGAGGUUACAUCCUUUUAAAGUUAGAUAUACAGAUGAAGAAAUAUGCUGAGCCACCACAGAAGAAAUAGUUAAUAUUAAAUGACUAUGCUCUUAAUCAGACAAAAUUCUCAAUUUACUAAUUGAGGAAAAGAAUGGGAGAAACUGAUGUGCCCACAUAGAUCAUGCUCUGUCUAAGCCCUUAGUGUGAAACAAGGGUCCUACCUAGAUGCAUCUUUGACAAGAUCUUUACUUUCUGGAAAAGAUUUUCACUACUUUUUGUUCUGUGCUUGAUAGGAGCAAUAUUUUCACUGUACGCCAAGAGAUAACACUAAUAAAAAGGCUGAGAUGAAAACAGUGAUUACUCAAAACCAGAUACCAAAAUAGUCUAGACUGGGGGCUGGCAAGGCUCAAAGUUGAGUUAUUUUCUGCUACUCUGUACCAGCUCAAAUCCAUAUUAUUUCUUCCUGGCAAAGAAUUACUAUUUCAGUAUUUCAUAUUUAUUGUAGCACAACUGAGCACGGUGUGGAUAGAACAAAGACUAUCAGAUUACUGAAAACUGAAAUUGUCUGUGAAGUUUGUGUAUUACAGUUACCUCCUUCCCCAUAAUUCUAACAGGAGGUAAACCUACACAUUUUAUUACCAAAAAGCAGUUUGCUGCACAGUCUCUCGAGGGACUGUUUUCUGGAAUGAAAGUCACCUAUCAAAUGGGGCACUAAACCAUUCUAUUAUUUUGUGUUACCAUAUUAGAGUCUUCCAAAAUGCACUUCAAAAUAAAAGCUUUCAAAAUUAAAUAUGCAGACUUAAGCUUUAAAUUUGACAAGCUUAUUGGAGAAGAAUGUCAAAGCACUUUAGUAAUAUGAUAAUUUUCAUGUUUCAAGGUACAAGUUUCAGGAAGAAAGGGAAAAUGAGGAGGAUUAAACUGCAGUAAAUGAAGGCCACAUUAAAUUUAGGAUGAGUAUGUCUUACUAUGCAUUCAUUGAUUUUACACCUCUAGUGAUUUCAUCCUGAUACAUCUAAGUGUCUCCAUGUAGCCAAGAAUCUAACUUGGCAAACCCCACUCACAUGGAAUCAUAUUUACUACCACAGGUUUCAUCUUUCUGCUGAUAAGAAACAGUUACUCACUACUAAGUCUUGCAAAACUGAGUCUUUCAAAGCUACAUCCAUUAGUCUUAUCUUGACAGGUCAGGGGAGAGAGUUACAUGAUCAUUUCUAUAUAAUUCAUUCUCCUAGAGUGCUAAAAAUAAAUUCAGGUAAAAAAAAAAAUUAAAAAUAAAAUGUUUUUUCUAAAUCUUACUUCUUUAGAAAAGAUGGAUAAAAGAAACACAUCUGCUCCUUUCAACCUAUAUUUUAGGUAUCAAUAGUACAGACAUCCAAAAUGGGAAUGAAUGUAUACCAGAUGAUUGGUGUCUUGCCAUUGUGAUGUUUGUCUACAAGAAGGGCUGGAAGGAGGGUCUGGGGAAUAGAGGCCUGUCAGCCUGACCUCAGUGUCACAGGAGGUCAUGCAGCAGAUCAUCUUGAGUGCAAUCGUGACAUGUAGAACAACCAGGGAAUCAGACCUAGUCAUCAUGGGUUCAUGAAAAGCAGCUCCUGUUUGACCAACCUCAUCUCUAUCUAUGACCAGGUGAUCCAUCUGGUGGAUUAAGGAAAGACUGUGGAAUAAGUCUGCCUAGACUUCAGCAAAGCCUUUGACUCUAUCUCUGCGGUAUUGUCCUGCAGUAGCUGGCAGACCAUGGUUUGGAUAGGUGUAAUCUUCACUGGGUAAAAAACUGUCUGGAUGGCCUGGGCUAGAGUGGUGGUGAAUGGAGUUAAAUCCAUUUGGCAACCAGUCACUAGUGGUAUUCUUCAGGGGUUAGUAUUGGGCCUAUUCUGUUUAGUAACUUUAUUGAUGAUCUGGAUGGGGGAACUAAGUGCACCCUCAGUGAGUUUUGAGAUAAUGCCAUGUUGGGAGGAAGUUUUGAUCUGCCCAAGGAUAGGAAGACCCUACAGAGGGAUCAAGUCAGGCUGGAUCUCUGAACUGAGACCGACAGGAUGAGCUCCAACAAGACCAGGUGCCAGGAUAUGCUCUUUGAUCAGAACAAUCCCAUGCAAUGCUACAGGCUUGGGGCAGAUUGGUUGGCAAGCUGCGCAGACAAAAAAGAUACAGGGAUAUUAGUCAACAGCCAGCUGAACAUGAACAAGUAGUCUGCACAGGUGGCCAAGAAGUCCAAUGGUAUCCUGGCUUAUAUGAGAAAUAGUGUACUAACAAGGUGAUCAUCCCCCUGUACUUGGCACUGGUGAGGCCGCACCUCAAGUACUCUGUUUAGUUUUGGGUCUCUCACUACAAGAAAGACAUCAAGGCCCUGGAGCAUGUCCAGAGAAGCUGAAAGCUGGUAACAAAGCUGGUAAAGGAUCUGGAACAGAAGUCUUAAAAGAAGUAGCUGAGAAAACUGACAUUUUUUAGUCUGGAGAAGAGAAGGACCCAGGGAGACCUAAUCACUCUCUACAAUGACCUGAAAGUGCGUUGUGGUGAGAUGGGGAUUGACCUCUUCUCCUGAGCAACAGUGAUAGGAUGAGACAUAAUGGCCUUAAUUUGUGCCAGGAGAACAUUAGGAAUGAUUUCUUCUCCAGAAAUGUGGUGGUGAUGGAACAGGCUGCCCAGGGAGGUGAUGGAGUCCUCAUCCCUGGAAGUUUUCAAGAAAGGAGUAGAUGUGGCACUGAGGGACAAGAUUCAGUGGGUAUGGUGGUGAAAGGAUGACAGUUGGACUAGAUGAUUUUGUAGGUCUGUUACAACCUUAAUGAUUCUAUGAAUAUUUGAUCUUUUAGCUUCAAUUUUCAAGCAAUUAUGCAAAUGCUUUAUUCCAGGCAUGUCUAACCCACUGGCCACAUGAUCCCCAGGAGAGCUCAUACUGCAGCCUGCCCCCUGCCCCACACUAUCAUGAUGGUGGCACUUCCCUUCUGAGUGGUCCAGCCAAGAUCUGGGCACACAUCCAUCACUUAGCGAAAAACAAAUAUCAGUGUGCUAUUAAUGCUGUCUCAGCUGAGCCCAGGUCAAGGGGAAGGCACAGUACAAUGCUAACUCAAGAUAUGGCAAAUAAUUUUAUACAUUUUUGAUACUUUGGCUGAACACAGUCUUUUGAACAACGAAAAACAGGCAUCCUUGAUUUCUGUCUUGAUAAUGGAAUUUGAGAACAGGUUUCAAGACUGAAGAGAAUAUUAUCAAUUUUUGUGUAUAUUUGUGACUCCAUUUUCAAUCGACAAAUACAUUACCUACAAAUUUUCAAAUAGAAUGCAUAGAGUUGCAAUCAGAUAUUGAACUUAAAAAUUUGAUUAUGUUUUUUCACUAGAGUUUUGUAAGACCUAUCUUACCAGAGAAAAUUAUCCCUCACUUCACAACCACACCUUAUAUAGUAGUAGUAUGCAUUUUUGGCAGUAUAUACAUUUGUGAGCAACUAUUCUCAAGGAUGAAGUGCAAGAGGAGCAAAAUUUCAUCAAAAAAUAACUGAUGAGCACCUUGAAAACUCAGUAAGAAUUGCAAACACUUCCAUCAAACCAGACAUUGAUGCAUUAAUUUCACAAAAACAAGGUCAAAUGCCCCACUAGUUUUAUGCUUGUUUCUCUUUUUUUUUUUUUUUUUGUUUCAGUAAAAAAGAAAAUAUAUGUUACAAAAAAAAAAAAAAAACUAAUUUUUGUUACCUACUUACAUUAACCAUAUUACAUAUUUUACAUGCAGCCCAAGAUAAUUCCUCUUCAUUCAGGUCCAGGAAAGACAAAAGGUUGGGCACCCAUGCUUUAUUCUGUUCUUUGAAGCUGUUGUUUGCUUAUAAACUAUGAGUUCCUCCAAUAGCUAAGGACAUUCCUAUAGCUUAAGAAGUGUAAGUAUUGAUUACAAGUAUACUUUUUCAUUAUGAGAUUUCAUAACAGUCAACGUACCUUAAGGAAAGAAUUUAUUCUGGGGACAGUACUCAUGAAGCAAAUACAAAAAAAAAAAAAAAAAAAAAAAAGGCAACCUUGUUUAAAGUUUUCUAGAACUCUCCCCUUAAGUCACCUCCACUUUUCAUCCUAAAAGACAAAAUUAUUUUUGGUGUGCUGCUGCAUAUUUAAGGGACUUGCAAGAAACAUAAUCCUGUGUGUUUCCAUCUUGUUCCAUAUAUAUCUAUGUUCACAGCUGUUAAAAUGGGUGAAAAAGCACACCUAUGUACGUACACACAGAACACAAAGACGCACACCAGUAUGGCUUAUAUACAUGGAAAAUAAUCAUCUAACAUUCAAGAUGUUGUAUGGGAUUGUGUCUAUGUUGUGCUUGCUGGCAGCUGGUGGGAGUUGCAGAGACAGUCUUUACUGAUGACACUGUCUGUCCUGGCCUGGAAGUACAGAGGAUGGCAGAGCCUGCCCUGAGACCCUGGGAACAUCUCAGGUUUCUGGAUCAGUAAGACAAAACACAGUAUAAUCUUUCAGGGCCACAUAAUUGUUCUUUUGAACAACUCUCAAGUUCUCAUUUCUUUGCUUUGUGUUCCAAACCACAUUUACCAGGUUUCAUUCUCCUUCUGAAAGAUAGUUCUGCAAGAUGUAGAUGUUGAUCUUGAAAAGCAACUCACCGUGGAUACCUCUUCCGGCUUCCCUGGCUGUCACCUGCAUCCCAUGCAUCCCAUGGCCCCUGAUGGCCCUGCUGCUGGUGCUGCCACGUCUUCACACCAGGCUUGGCCAGAGGAUCUCAGCAACUAUUCCAUACAGUAUGCUGCACUAGCCACUUUGGUUUCACACAGAAGUUGAGAAAACUCUGUGGGUGAAUCAUGAAAAAACACCAAAAUCAACAACAACAAACAACAAAUACUGCAAUGAGCACUUCUCAUCUUCUCCUCUUCUUCCUAUUAAUCAUUUCCAGAAGUAGCUAAAACCAAAAAGGCUCAGCCAUUUAGAGUAGCCCUGCUGCAGCAGGACUGUCCCAUUAGCAGCCCAUGGUGGGUGACUCACUCUCUCACAGGCCAUCCUACCUUCACUCUUCAAGGAGAGGACAACAGCUUGGUGAUACAUCAGUCUGACUGGCACAUUCCUGAGUAUUAAAGAUAUCUGUGGUUAUAUAUAUAUGUAUAAAUUAUUUUUAAAAAAUUAAGAAGAGAAAGAAAGAAUCUGAAGCAAUAUUCAGAACUCUGUUUUACAAUUAGUACAAAAUCAGAGGAAAACUUGUCAGUCUUAUGUUUGAAAUUUUCAUUUGAUGUAUCAGAAAUCAUGAGGGUUGAUUUGGAGACGGAAAUGUUUGAACACUGCCUGAUGAAAAAUAGACCAAAAUCAACCAACACAUAACGUGAGUCAAAUUUCCUUCCUUCCUUCCUUCCUUCCUUCCUUCCUUCCUUCCUUCCUUCCUUCCUUCCUUCCUUCCUUCCUUCCUUCCUUCCUUCCUUCCUUCCUUCCUUCCUUCCUUCCUUCCUUCCUUCCUUCCUUCCUUCCUUCCUUCCUUCCUUCCUUCCUUUUCUUUCUUCAGCCUCACAAAUGCUCAUGGGUUCGAAUGGACUCCGGGGAUGAGUUGUGUGACAUCUACAAAGUGUGAAGGAGUCAAAAGCAACAGCUAAAUGCAGCAGGCCUCUGUUUUAUGGUUGUCCCCUCAUUUUUGAGACCUCAGGGCGUACCAAUUGCUGCCAGCCAUCCCAGCUGUAAGAGAGGCAGGAGAUGCACCCUAUUUUUUGUUUGUUCGUUUCAUCUCCUCAUGGAUUUGAAUGUUUUCUUUGUCUGCUCUUCAGGGGGGCUUGCCAGUAAACUCACUAGCUCCUUCCCUAGAACUUAUUAAUUUUACCCCUGCUCUUCAUUCCUGCUCACAGAGCACCUGAUAUCUCCAGUGCUAAUGUGGUACAAUUAAAAUUCUUCACCUCAGUUAUAAGCACUUUGCCUUGCCACUUCUGUUACCCAGAACAACUGCUGUUACUGGCUCUGCAGGACCAAGUUGCUAAAACAUCCUUACAGACAGAGCUUCCUGUAUGAAGUCAAACUUAGGAAAGAAAACAAGAACAGGAAAACAAGCUCUGGGCCUUUGGGUGCAGGUGUUUACUGACAGGAAGUGGGAUCAGACUCCAGUAGCCUUCAAUAUUUUUAAAGCCCUCCUCUUGGUUGUCUCUGUACUCACAGAUGCCAGCAAGGCAAAUGGUAGAAAUUGAGCAGCUAAAAAGAGGUAGGCCUUUUCCCCUCUGGUUCUACAGAUACUUUAUAGAACUUGUCUAGAGACACUCACUGGAGACAAUAUCCCAUUUAUUUUUCCUGUAAAAUCAUGAACAGCCCCACACUUCUAAUAAAUCUUUCUUUUUUAAUUUAUAGAAAAUCUUUCCCUGAAGGAAGCUGAUAGAUGGUCUUUAAUUUACAGUGGCUUCUUUUCUUGUUUCUCUGCCUGCCUUUCCUCUUUUGUCACAGGCUUGACAAAAAGCUUUUUUCCUCCUUCACUUUAAGAAGUAUCUGUAACCUGUGUUUUAGCUACAGGUAGGCAGUUUCUCUUGCUUUUCAGGCGCUGUGAAUGUUGGUAUUCAAAAUCUUUAAGUCCACAAAAAAUAUUGCCUUCUUGCCUCUGCUGAAGUCCAAAAUACCAUGUGGAGUAAGAAGUUUUGUAAAUCCUUUCUUCAGUGGUUUUAAUUUGGAAUGAAGAAAAUUUCUCACAUGAAAUUAAAUCAGUUCUCUUCCUCCCCAGUUUUAUUUUGUCCACAUGGGAAACAACAGUGGAUGAUGGUUAAGAGUGACAGUUCUUACAGGGGAUUAUCAAGCAGCAACACGCACACAUUUAUUUUAUGUCCUGGGCAAUGGUAAGUCUCCCCUUCCCUUGGUUGCCCUUUUAUUCCCAGUCUUACUAGCAGAGUAUUCACUGAAAACCCAUGAUUAAGAAAGUAAUCAUAACAGGGUUGAGAUGGACAUCAAUCAUUCACCACAACCAAUGCAAUUAUUAUUAAUUUUUUUUUUUCCUCCCUUCAUUUGCUAUGGCCUCUUUUUCUACAUUAUGGAACUAGUGAGUCACAUGACCAUAUUAAUUCUCCCAGCCCUUUAGUAUAUUGGGUAGAGUUGCUAGAGGUAUUUCAUUACAUAAGUAAUGGAAUAAAUGGGGAGAAAAAAAGCACAUGAGCACGUGUUUCUUUUUCCCCUCACAAAGUUUUGCAUAACCUGAAAAAAGCCCAUUGGGUUGCUACUUUUUUUUCCCCACCUUUGUAUAAUGAGUUAUUAUAUAUUAGGGUUGUUGUUUUUGUUUGGGCUUUUUUCUUUCUUUUGUAUAUUCCAGAGUAUUUGCAAAGAAGCACACAGAAACACUUAGGUGCCCCAAAGUGCUCUGAAUCUCUGGGAAAACCAGCUAUGGAUAGUGUGUGAGGCAGCAUGUUUAAGAUGUUUAUUAUCAUAGUCUUUGAAAGGAAUGACUUCUUUGAGUACUUAACCUUUGGUUUGGUUCGUCUGGCAGCUCUGAAGAAAGCACAGGGGCAUAGGCUUAGCAUGCCCUAACUUUGUAAAGAGAAGGACAGGUCGACGUUCAAUUGCCUUUUUUCUCCUCUUCUGGCUCGUGUAGGCCAGAGGUAGGGGAGGAAUUUCUUUACCCACUAGUUCUGUCCCUGCACUUUUACUCCAAAGAUAGCCAUUCUUUGAAGUACAAAAUGGUUGUAACAGUAUUAUUAAUAGAAACUAUACAGGGAAGAGUACCAUGAUUGCCAAUAAAUUGAUCUUUCAAUAAUUUUCCCUCAAUACUGGUGCCACUCUGUAGAGGUGGUUGGUAAAUUAGAGAUUAGCAGUUUGUAAAUACCUUUAGAUAGUGUGUUUUAACAUUACCAGCAGCAUAUCUUGACUAUGUACAAAAAUAACACAGUAUGUGUAGUGCUAUUCAAAUUAAGUUAUAAUGUAAAUAUAUCUACAAUGAAUGUCCAAUUAUCUUUAAGCUCUAUGUACAAGGAAGGACCUCAUCUCUUCUUGAGACUUUUUCUAGCUUAAUGGUAUGGAAAAUCUGUUAUCCAUUUAUAUAUAUGUAUGAAAAAAAAAAUUGCAUUCUUUUCUUCAAAAUAAAUACUAAGAAGAAGAAGGGAAUGCAUUACAUGAAUAUGACAUCAAAAAUCCUAUCAUAGGACUGAGAACUGUGGCUCUUACAAGUUGGGGACUGGUCAAAUUCCUGAUGCUGUACAUUUGAUCUCAUAAAGAAGAUAAGCACAAGUUUAUGGUUAGCAUUGUAAAGCUGACCCAUUUGAUUAUAUUUAAAUUAUAGAUAUAUAUUUAUAUAUUCUGUAUAGAUAUAUACAUAUUAUACACAAUAUUCAUACAGUGAAAGUAAAGUUUAAUAAAGUCAUAUUAACUGGGAAUUUUGAUGUAAUGUUAUGCUCCAUUUGGAGAAAGAACACCUGUCUUAUUUAGCAACAUUCAAACAUGUUAUGCAGAAUAAAGGAAGAAUGUGCUUCACCAAAACAACUCAUGAAGGAAUGAGGCGAUGUGGAUUUGAAAUUACACAAGUAAAUUACAUGCAAUAUAUGUGUAUGUACCUCUGCUAAGCUGUAUCCCUAGUUAAAGCAUUGCAUUAAACAGCAAAUUAUAACAAUAAUAAAAGUGUUUUUGUAUGUGGUA